AUGCCUCGCACACGCGCUCAAGCGCAGGCCCAAGAGGUCGAAUCGCCUCUCGUUUCGCUCGAAAUCCCACGUCCAACCGACACGAAGCCAAAGCGUGGUCGCAAGCCUACGAAGAAGGCAACAGUCGUAGCGACAGAGAAGACAACCGAGGAAAAAAGUCAAAACAAAAGUGAGAUUGAAGCCCAAGAACCUCUACCCAUCCAAACCCCUACCCAGGAACCCCAAUGGACCCAGGAAACGCCCCAGAUUCAAGAAGUACCUGUCGUUCAGGCACCACAAACCAUCAACGAAGCACAGGACAACGGCUUGACUGAUUCGCCUGCCUUCGCCACCCCACAACUCUACUGCGAUUCUGACGCUUCCUCCCUCACAUCUUUGGGAAGUACGCCAAGCUACGAUUCGCCAGCCAAGAAGCCAUCCGUCAGAAACGCUCUCCGUUUUCUCAAGCAGGUUCUCAAGCAAUCGCGUUCAAACCUCAGAAGUAAGUUUCAUACUGUGAAAAGCCGACGCGAACCACGGGAAAAUCCUUUCGAGACAAGUACACCAACAAUAGAGACAACUAUUGAAGGCUACCCUACUUUCGAAACCAACUAUUCUCUUGCCGAAAACGAGAUUUUAGAUGCCGCUCUGGAAAUCGUUCUUUAUCGUCAGAACACCGACCCUUUCAAGUCUUGGGCCCAGUCAAUCCGUUGUCCGUGCUGCCGUGGUGUUGUGAAGAUGGAAUGUGUGCGAGGCCAUGAUCUACACUCCUGGAUACCCAAUGAAGUGACCGAGGAAUUGAAUGCUGUGCUAAUGCAUAUAUGUGCGGAAGGUAUAGUUGCCACCGUGGAAGCGAAAGAGAAACGCCUUCGAGCUGGAAAAGAUGCCGAAGCCGCGGCCAAGGCCAAGGCUGCACAACUCGUCGAACAGGAAAAAAAAGAAGUUUCUGCAAAGCAGAAGGGCAAGAAGCGGGCUUUAGAGUCAAACAACGAUGAAAAUAUUACUGAUGCACUGCCCAGGGCACAACGCCGCCGCAUCAGACCCCCGCCUGGCCAAACCCCUCGUAGCAAGCGUCGGAUUCCUACUACUAAUCCUGGUCGCACCCUCACUUAUGCUGAAACGGUACGACAACGCGCCAUGGAAAGAGAGAGCUCGACCGCCCAAUCUUCGAUAUUUCAGUUAGAUGAAGCGAUGACACACCUUCGAGAGCAAGAGCAAGCCAAAAAAGCUGCACAGGAAGCGGCAGAGGAAGAAGCUCGUAAUGCUACCACACGAAAGGCAAUGGAGCGCCAUAUGGUGCUAGGACCAAUUCCAGAGAAUCUGCAAAGUUCCUUCCAGGUUCCUGUAUAUAAAGAUGAAUAUGACGUUGAAGAUGACGAAGAGGAGAACCGGCCAGUCGAGACUCCAACUUCGAACAACUGGGGUCUUCGCAGUUUUUUCACUACCGUCACCGGAUCUGUGAGGCGACGACUUAUCCCUUUUGUGCGACAAGCUCCGGACCAAGCUGUCCCCUUUGCUGCUGGAGGUGGUGCGACACCAGGACGUGUGAAUGGCACAGCAGCAGCAUCUUCAGAAGUCAACGGCGCAGCGGUCACAUCCACGGAAAGUAAUGGCACUCAGGAUGUCGAUGUGGAUAUGACAUACAGCCUAUUCCCUCGCGCCCCAUCACCUCCUAGGCCCGCACCCUCGUCUGAAGCAGAGGCUAAGGCUGACAAACAGAAAGAUGAAGCCGGCAAGACUACUGCUACCGACAAAGAGAACGUGCAAGUUCCAGGAACGGAGCAGACUAGUCAAAACAAAACAAACGGAGAACCUCAAAAUGCUGAUGCCCAGGCAGAGUCAGAAACCGGGAGCCAUAAACGCAAACGUGCACCUUCUCCAGACAUGAUUCCAAAUCCUGCCGGCUGCAGCUACGGCAUGGAUUUGGAUUAUUUUACCUACUCCGACGAUGAGAUCGAAGAGGCUGAAGAAUACUCAAGACGUCAACGCGAAGCCGAAGCCGCAGCUGCGAAAUCCACUGUCUCUGCUCCCACUGCUCGGCCUCCAGAGAAGAAAGCCCGAUUCCUUCCAUCAGAACCCGAGCCAUCCUUACAGACCACAAGCACGACUACACAAACCCACUGGCAGCCUCCUACGCCCGCCGGUUGGGCACGUCCAACUACCACUGUUUACGAGGGACAGAUGUUUCAGGGAACCCCUACGAAUCGCUUCCCACAACCCCAAGUGUCUCAACCUGCUCAGCAGCCUGUUGCUCAGCCAUCACCUGUACGCACAACUGCACAACAACCUAUCUUGCAGUCACGCGUCGAGCAACCCGCACAACAAAUAAUCCAACAACCUUAUCAGCAACCAUCCGUUCAAGCACCUGUGCAGCAACAAACCCAGCAAACACCCCAGCAACAGCGUUCGACUGGUGCAUUAAGCAAUGGCGUGUCUUCGAAGCCGCCUCACGAUCGUUCCAUUACUGCUGCCACUAAACAGAAUGUCAGCGAUGAAACAAUUCAUUUACCACCUAUCAAACCCAUGUCAGCGACCGCGAGAGGCCAGCCUGUGACAGAGAGAAGCAGGCCUAAAACCCCCAGUCGUCUACGAAACCCUAUUCCACUUUCUUCCAGCCCGGCUUCACAGGCAAGCCCGGCUCAAAAUUUGACUGCAAUGCAUCAACAGGAUCAGGAGGAUCUGAUGCAAGUCUUUGGCGACGAUGAACAUGGACGGCAAGCUUUUGAGCUCUACCAGAGUUGUCCCAGCGGCGAUUUGAGUAAGGUGCAGUGGCCUAGCUUCGACCUACUUCCAGCCAACAACAUCCAACAAACCACUCGUUUAACGUCCGUGAGCGCAGGACAUCCGAGAGCUAGCCGCAAUUUGUUCCAGAAAUCAUUUGAGCAAUUUCAGAACGAGUUCAAUCAGGGCUUGAUUGAUACAGAUGAGAUACUUGGUGACUUGCCGUUGUAA